AUGGUCCAAGUCCCCACGGUGGUGGCCAAGGGCCAACAGACGAAUGUCGCCGUUGCUCAACACGAAGCGCCAGAGUUCGAGAGGGUCGACUGGAAGAGGGAACCCAACUUGCGAAAGCUCUAUGCCUGGGCCUGUGUGCUGCUCGUUGCAUCUGCCACGACUGGCUAUGAUGGCAUGCUCGUCAACACAUCUCAGCAGAUUGAACUGUGGGCCAACUACUUCCCAGAGCAUGAUGACCCCAACCUGCUCGGUCUUCUGGUCAACAUGUACAGCAUCGGCAGUAUUGUCAGCUUCUUCGUCACCCCCUAUGUCGCCGAUCACUACGGUCGAAAGAAAGCCAUCGCCACCGGCUGUCUCUUCAUGAUCCUCGGUGGUUUCAUCACCGCCUUCUGCAACGGCUAUAAUAUGUACAUUGCGGGUCGAUUCUUGUUGGGCUUUGGCAACAGUUUUUCGCAGAUGUCAUCCCCACUUCUCCUAACCGAGAUUUGCCACCCGCAGCACCGUGGACCCGUCACGGCCGUGUACAACUGCCUAUGGAAUCUGGGCGCCCUCCUGGUGGCCUGCAUCGGCUGGGGAACGGCCCAGGUCGGCAACGAGUGGUCGUGGCGCUCCAUCACCUUCAUCCAGAUCGUGCCCUCGCUGAUCCAGAUUGUCUUCAUCUACUGGAUCCCCGAAUCGCCUCGAUACCUGCUCUCCAAGGACCGCUCUGAGGAGGCCUUGGAUAUUCUGGCAUACUACCAUGGCGGCGGCAACCGGGACAACACGACGGUGCAGUUCGAGUAUCGCGAGAUCAAGGAAACGAUGCGCAUCGAAAAGGAGGCAACCCGAGCCACCGGAUACCUCGACUUCCUCCGCACCAAGGGCAACCGGUGGCGUCUGGCAAUCCUCAUCUCCCUCGGCGUCAUCUCCCAGUACAGUGGAAACGCGCUGUUCUCCAACUACAUGAACAUCAUCUACGCUGGUGCUGGCAUUAACGACCAGAACCAGAAGCUUGGUCUGAGCACCGGCAAAACCAUCCUUGAUCUCAUCGUCACCAUCUUCGCCGCCUUGAAUGUUGACCGGUUCGGACGACGACCCCUGUUUUUGAUCUCCGUCUGCGGCAUGGUAUCCUCCUUUGUCAUUUGGACCAUCUGCGGUGCCAUCUACGAAAACUCGGGCGAGUCCAACACGGGAUCGGGCUACGCCCAGAUCGUCUUCAUCUGGCUCUUCGGUAUCUUCUACGACAUCGGUUUCUCCGGCCUGCUCGUUGGCUAUGCCCUCGAAAUACUGCCCUUCCACCUGCGCGCCAAGGGCAUGAUGAUCAUGAACAUAACCGUCCAGGCCAUCCUCGCCCUGGGCAACCAGACCAAUCCCCUGGCCUGGGCCAACUUACCCAAUCACUGGAACUUUAUGCUGUUCUACACGCUGUGGGACUUCUGCGAACUUGUCUUCGUCUACUUCUUCUACGUCGAAACCAAGGGCCCGACCCUCGAGGAAAUUGCCCGCAUCUUCGAUGGCGAGCACGCUGUGGCUCAUAUCAAUAUCCAUCAGGUCGAAAAGGAUAUUCAUGGCAGCCAUCAUGAGGAUGAGAUCACGGAGAAGGAGAUGGUUUCGCCCAAGUCGGCAAUCUAA